AAAUGUGUUGAAAAAUAAUUAUUUUGGAAUAAUAUGACAUUGCGCGUAAUCCUGAAUGGAUAUAGAGGCAAAUUGCAAUUAUAUCCAACUUUAUGAAAACGUAAUUUUGAUAUCUUAGAAAUCGCAAUGUAUUUAUCUGUCAGUUAGUGGUGUGUCAUUCAGUUUUUUUACAUUAAGCAAAGAUAAUGGUAAACGCUCUGAGGGGUCCUGAUCUGCGGGGCUGAUAGGGCUGAAGGCAGCAGUCGGUGUGCUUGAGAUAACGCGAUCCUCUUCAGAACAAACUUAAAACCAUUACAUGACGCACGUUUUACAAGAUUCACAACGAACAGGAGCAGGACAAGAAGACAUAAUUAAAACCGCACCACAUCCAUGGAUAAAAACAAGCCUUCUCGUCUGUAUUUCAUCGACAAGAAAGAAGAUCUCAUUCAGGCCAAGAGAACGACUGUGACUCUGGAUGGAAGAGACAUUCUUAUUAUAUAUCAUCAAAGAAAAUUCUAUGCAAUGGACCUGCAGUGUUACCAUGCUGGCAGUAGUUUGGAGCUUGGAGAUAUUGAGGAAAUCAACAACAAGCUCUGUAUUGUGUGCCCAAAGCACAAGUAUAAGAUCACUCUGGCUGAAGGCGAGGGGUUAUACAAGGGCACCGACCCUGCAGAUGAAGUCCCUACUCCACAGUGGUUUUCCAAAGGCAUAAAGCAGAGAGUACACAAAGUGACGGAAGUAGACGAAGACAUCUUUGUGACGUUGUCCAACUGCCCCGGGAGGGUUGAGUCAGACUAUUAUCAGACUGAGAAGGGCAGGGCACAACUGAGGAAAGCACAGGAGUUGGAGGAUGCGGAAGCAGACGUGAAUGCAGAUGAAGACGUUUAGUCUGGCAGCAACAGUGAGAUGAGAGCUUCGGGGAUCCUAAGGGGACUGCAUAUAUUAAGAUUGAUGAUUUCAGAGUCAGUCUGCAUGAAUAAAACUGCGAUUUGACAUCAUGAAUCAAAAUAAUAUCAUAGGCCUUUUUUGUGUCAGUGCCAGGAUUUCUCUACAUCUCUAUGAUUCGCAGUGAUACCUGUGUUUCAGCUCAAUUUUGUUGGGUUUUGCAAAAGAAAAAAAUCAUACAUUUUGUAAAAAAAAUAAAUACUUAAAAGUA